AUGGAGAGCCGCAGCAACGUAGAUAGAGAAAAGAAAGUAUUGAAUAAUACUUGUCCAGAUGAAGGCGACGAUUUUAAUUUCAAUCCGACAGACUCUGUCGAAGCAGAAAACCGUGAAACAAGGUUAUUGCCUGAAUCAUCGAGGAAACACUGGAGUGAAACUGCGGAGAUAACAGAUGAAUAUAUCAGGAUAGAUUUUGAGUGCAGAGAUGUUGAAAAGGAACUGCCGUCUCUAUCAACGACCACCUGCAAGACCGAGAAUCAACCUAUUGUGGAAAAAGAUAAAAGUAAACUUAAGAAUUUCGUGAAUGAAAAACAACCAAUAAUUUUGAUAAAAAAAGGGUUUAAUUACGAUAAAAAUGGUCAAUUCGAAAGUAAUCUUUGUCACACAUCAUUGGCAUCGAAUGAAGCCGUCAAGUCUCACUUGAAGGUCUCACCUCACAUACAGGAGGUACAUAAUUCUAGUGCACCAUUCAAAUGUAAAAUUUGCCUAAAAUCAUUCCGACGAAAACGUACAUUGAAAAUUCAUAUAAAUACAGUACACGAAGGCAACAAACCCUUCAAGUGCGAUAUCUGUGAAAAAUCGUUUUCAUACAAGGCCAAUCUUAAAAGUCACGUAGAUACAGUACACUAUCGUAUGAAAUCUUUUGAAUGCGACAUUUGUAGAAAAUCAUUUGGACAAAAACAAAGCCUCAGUGCUCACAUUAAAGCAGUACACCUUCGUAGAAAUCCCUUCAAAUGUGAUAAAUGUCACAAAGCAUUUGGAUACAAGAAUUUACUCAAAGGGCACAUAAUUAAAAUGCAUGAUUGGGGAGAACUUUUCCAAUGUAAAAUUUGUCAUAAAUCAUUUAGAUUAAAAAGUAGUCUCAGGGUUCACAUAAAAUCAGUACAUAAUCGUAAUAAACCCUUUCAAUGCGAUAUGUGUCACAAGUCAUUUUCAAUCAAGGGUUAUCUCAGCAGACAUAUAAAUUCAGUUCAUAAUAGUACGAAACCCUUCAAGUGCGAAAUUUGCCACAAAUCAUUUAAAUCCAAGAAUUAUGUCAAUGUUCAUAUUAAUGCCUCAUUUGGCCGCAAGCAUCAUCUUCAAAGUCAUAUAAUAACAGUACAUGAUGAUAGCGCUAUUAACAAAUCAGUUGAACUAGAAAGUACUCGUGAAGCUGAAAUUAAUACAGCAAGUAAUUAUGGAAAAUUCUUCCAAUGUGACAUUUGUCGCAAGUCAUUUACAAUCAAGGGUAACCUCUACCGUCAUAUAAAUACGGUUCAUAAUAAUACAAAACCCUUCAAGUGCGAAAUUUGCAACAAAUCAUUUAAAUACAAGGGAUAUGGUUACUUCAGGCAACACUUUUUUAAUAAGAAAAAAUUGCUAACGCCUAACUGCAUGUACUGUGGACACGAACGAGACGACGCUGAACAUACGUUUUUCCACUGUGUCAAGUGGACAGCUCGGCGUCAGGAACUAGAGUCCGUUUACGGAGAAAUCACGCCAGACAACAUCAUCGGCGUGAUGCUCCGGGACAAGGAAACAUGGACAACUUUUGUGGUCUUCAUCGAAACUGUUCUUAAGCGUAAGAAAGCUGAUGGAUGUCUGAGGGAUAAAUGA